AUGCAAUCAACAAAAAAAGUUUUGCAACAAUUAGAUUGCACUCCCCGAGAGAAUCUGAUAUGUGAUGUAUCACUGUUACAAGGAGAAGCGUAUCUCUGGUGGAAAUCUGUGGUUAGACAUUUGCCAGAUGAUCAGGUAACCUGGGACUUGUUUCAAAAAGAAUUUCAGAAGAAGUAUAUUGGGGAAAUGUAUAUUGAAGAGAAAAAGCAAGAGUUUUUAGUGUUGAAACAGGGUAAUAUGUCAAUACUGGAUUAUGAGCAAGAGUUUUCUAGACUGAGCAGGUAUGCUUCAGAAUAUGUUCCAACUGAGGCUGAUAGUUGUAAACGAUUUCUACGGGGACUGCGAGAUAAAAUUAAUAUUCAAUUAGUAAAUCUCAGAAUUACUGAACUUGUUGAUCAGGUUGAGCAAGCAAAACUGAUAGAACAAGUAUUGGGCCUAGAUAAAAAGUCAGAAAUGGGUAAAUCAGCUGGGAAACGUAUGAGAAUUACCAGUUCUAAUCCAUUACUGAAGAGAUCUAGAGAAUCAAGAAGUGGUUUGAGAUCAAGCUUUCGGUCUGAUAGGGGUGACAGAAGUAGAGGAAAACAGAUUACUGUUUCCAUCGGUAGUGUAAAAGCUUCGCCCCGGGAAAGUGAAAAUCCUGAAUGCGAUUAUUGUGGGAAAAGACAUUUUGAUUGUUCGAAAACUCAGAGUAGUACACCUGCCACAUCUCAGAGAUCGGUAUCGACUGCCAGAGGUAGAGGAAUGCGCAGAGGAGGUUCUGUUUUGAGGAGAGGAAGAGCUGGUAGAGGUAGUGAUUUAGCUACAUAG